GAUGUGACGGAGAAACGCAUGAGUGAGGGACUUCUGUCUUAUCCUGAUGUUAUGGAGAUCUAACUGCCGGGGACCUAGGGCUUCUCCGGGGCUCCCUUCGCUCUGCCUGUCGGUUUUCGUCUCGCUACCUGAUCAAGAUGUCGGGUGCCAAUCCUUUGUUGAGGCUGGAGCAGCGAGCAGCCGAGGCAGACAAGCUCAUCGAGUACCUGAAACAGCAAGUCCAGCUGCUGAAGGAGAAAACCUCCGUCCAGGCCAGCGUGAGAGAGGAGAAGAGGCUGGCGGUGGAGAACGCCAAACUGAAGAACGACAUCGAGGAGCUGAAAAAACAGCUGCUGGAGAAAGAAAAAAAGAGAGGGGUGCUGGACGUGGCGGUGCCGUGUGGCGACACCGGCGCCGAUCGCUGUCCGAAGCCCGCUCCCCCCCAGGCUUCUGGUGCACCGCCCUCCGUCUCCGCAGCGGCCGCCGUCCAGAGCCCGCCUCCCAAAGACGAGCCCAAGAAGAAGAAGCCGGAGAAAAAAGGAGGUGAGAAAGCGGAGAAGAAGCAGGCCGCACCGAGCCAAGAGGACGCCAAGGUGGACGUGUCGCGCCUGGACCUGCGUGUCGGUCGUAUAAUGACGGCGGAGAAGCAUCCGGACGCCGACAGUCUGUACGUGGAGCAGGUUGACGUUGGCGAGGCUGCUCCACGCACUGUGGUCAGCGGACUAGUCAAGCACAUACCUCUGGAACAGAUGCAGAACCGGAUGGCGGUCCUGCUGUGUAACCUCAAGCCAGCCAAGAUGAGAGGCGUGGUGUCCCAGGCCAUGGUCAUGUGUGCCAGCUCGCCAGACAAAGUGGAAAUCUUGGAUCCCCCGAGUGGAUCCGUCCCUGGGGACAGAGUUGCUGUCCAAGGCUUUCCAGGUGAACCAGACAAGGAGCUAAACCCUAAAAAGAAAGUGUGGGAGCAGGUCCAGCCGGACCUGCGCACCGAUGACCGCUGCGUCGCCACCUACAAGGGCGCCGCCUUUGAAGUGGCCGGGAAGGGAGUGUGCAAAGCCCAAACCAUGAGCAACAGCGGAAUCAAAUGAAAUACCAGAGCUGCCUGCAAUAGCUCGGUGUUUACUCUGCGCUCGUCUCCGCUGAUGACCGCAGAUGGUGAUGAAUGAGAGGAAAUGCUUUAAAGAUGUUUAAUAAAGCAUUUGGAUUAGC